UUGAUAGAAAUAAUGCGAAGUAAUCGUUUAGUAUUGUCGGUACUGUCAAAAUGGCGGUCACACGGCGCGGAUAUAUUUUUGGUGCAUUUUUGUCCAGUAUACUGAGUGUUCUUUUGAUUGUUGUGGCACUAGCUAGUGACAGUUGGGUUGUAUCAACAGCUACAGCACCGGGCCAAGCAAAUGCCAAUGACAUCAACUAUGGCCUAUUUAGAGGAGAGAUUAUCUUAAGACCCCUCAUUACUCCCGAUGUUCACAACUUGUACAUGACAUGUGCUCCGGAACUCAAUGCGUGCGCUGUUAGUUGUAAGACUGACCCAGAAGCCAGAUUAACUGAGGUGCGGGCCUUAGCUCGAGGAUUCAGACCGACGGCCGAUUGCCUCGCCACAACGGAUUUUGAUACUACGAAUCCAUUGUCACGUGCCCCAGUGAUUUCCUUCGGCCUGUACGUGGCGUUGAUCGCUCUUCUCAUCAUACAGCUGGUGCUAGCCGUCGUGGCUGCCGGUCUGGCCAUCCUCAACGCUACUAGGAACCCUACUGAACCUAUAUUUGGAUUACCUGGAUGUUUAUACACAAACCUAGCGACCAUCUUCGUGGGCGUGUUGGUGAUGCUAAUGUUCGGCAUAUAUUGGCUAUUGUCAGGAUUGAAUGAGCAUCUCGCGCUGUCAUACGUAGCGCUGGGCAUUUACACUGCUGCCUCUGGCCUUGGAUUCUCUUAUUGGUUAUUACUCGUAGCCCUACUAUGUUCAAUAGCCAACGUGGUACUCAUUCAAGUUCGAGCUUACCUCUUGGAAAGGGACCCUCCGCCGCCCACGAUCAAAGUUGAAAACCAUUCCGACGGAACCAUCUUCUUAUACUAAGAUAACGUUAAAUUAUUUUAGUAAGUACACUUGGUUGCAAUGAUAUUGGGUCAGUUAAAAUUCUAACAUAUUUACGUAACUCUGUCUAUGUGAUAUGCAAUCGAACUAAAACGAUUGAGCCAAUUGAAAUGGAAUUUUAUACAGAGACAUGUAACGACAAAAAUAGGCGUUGUGUCCGGGUAAUUGGAGUAGUUACCUCGGGAUGCGGGUGAAACGUUGGGUAUGCUUGGUUAUUAUUUUUCGUGUGUGCAUAAUGCAUAAUAACUGACCAGAAAUUAUUGCCUCCGAGUGUACUUCAGAGUUAUUAGAGAGUAUGUUAGAUAUGAAGUUAUUAAAAUAAAGAACUAAAUGAGUAAAAAGUGUGAAAUAAAUGGUCACCUUUUAACACUUUAUAAUAGUUUACAUUAUUUAUUGAAAGUUCAUCCCAUUUUUAUAAGGAGCCGGCUUAAUUCAAGUGAAUACACUUUUUUAAUUAAUUUUAAUAUCUUAACAAACUCUCUAAGCGGUGGAAAAUUAAUUAAUAUUAUGAUUUAUUGAUUAAUGUCACCUCCGUCAUUAAAAUUCCUAAUUUUAAUUAGUUUUAAACUUUGUUACUGUGUGUAAACAAUGUGAAGUGUGUAAUAAAUUUGUAAUUUUGUAA